ACAGUGAAUUAGCCCUGCCACUGGGAACUGGUCCCUAGACUCUGUGUUUAUCUCCAAACAAGCUGAAUAAAUCUCAACAUAAGCUCGACCCUCCCCUGGAAUCUGAAGCUUCCUCCACCUUCUGCGUUAGCCUGAGAGGGACCCACUGCAGCUGGAUGGGCUCUAUUUGGGAAACGAGCUCCACCCUAUGUACAUACCAUGAUUGCUAACACCUACCUGCUGAUCCCUCCUGUCAUGAACCCCAUCAUCUACAGUGUGAAGACCAAGCAGAUACGUAAAGCUGUGAUAAAAGUUCUCCAAUCUAAAGAAAUAUAGAAUCAUAAAAGCCUAGAGCUAGAUGGCCUCCUCCCAGCCAAUGUUGUCAAUGAAUGCUAGACUACAUCUUGAAUGUCAGUUACUUUAGCCCUUUUAUUUCACAGAUGAGGAGACACUGAUAUAUAAAUGGGAAGCAAUAUAUACCCUUAUGUCUAGAGUUCCUCUUCCUCCACACUGUUUGUUCUAAGCUGGUGUUUUUCUAACUCUGUCAAUAGCCCUUUUAUUCUUAUCCCAUCAUAGCAGUUACAUUUUCAUAUUAUUUUCAUAAUACAUCAUUCCUUUGUAGAAAAGUAGGUACCAUCUACUGUUCAAAGAAACUUUUCUGACAAGGAUUGACAGCUUCUAUAUGUAUAGAGAUAUGUAUUUAGAAGGUAGUUUGAUACUAUGCCCAUUUAGCAAAAUGAUAGUAAUAGUUUAAUCCUGGAGCCCAUAAUCUUCCCAACCAUGAGUUCUUGGCCAGAUUUACAACAUCAGACAUAAAUAAAUCCUGUGGAGUUGGCUUUAAAGCACAUCGUAAAACAGGUGGUUACCCCCAAAGCAUUUUACCACGAUUUCACCCAUGAGUAUAUUUUGCCCGUUCUAUCUUUAUUGCAGCUUGUGAUAUUCACAACUGGGUAAGGUGGUCAGUGACUUUUGUUCCCUAGCAGCCUGGAUGGCAACUUCUGGCCCUAUGAAAACCACUCAGCAAGGGAAAGCUUCCAGAUCCCUAGAGCUUCAGCUGGUAUUCCAGCAGCUUGUUCCCUGAGCCUACCGAGUAGCAUUAUAAAGAGACCUGUUCCAGAAAGUGAAAGCCAGAUCCAGCUGCCCUCCUUGAGUAGAACUGCACCAUUCCCAGGCUGUCAGUGUGGCCUCUCCCUCUUCCAGUCUGCUCCGCUUGGUGUCAGAGAUGAGCUCCUGCAACUUCACUCAUGCCACCUUCAUACUUAUCGGGAUUCCAGGCCUGGAGGAAGCUCACUUUUGGUUUGGCUUCCCCCUGCUUUCCAUGUACGCUGUAGCAUUGUUUGGAAACUGCAUUGUGGUCUUCAUCGUGAGGACAGAGCGGAGCCUGCAUGCACCCAUGUACCUUUUUCUCUGCAUGCUGGCAGCUAUUGAUCUGGCUUUGUCCACAUCCACAAUGCCCAAGAUUCUCGCCCUCUUUUGGUUUGACUCCCGGGAGAUUACUUUUGAUGCCUGUCUUGCCCAGAUGUUCUUCAUUCAUGCUCUCUCAGCAAUUGAAUCUACCAUCCUGCUGGCCAUGGCUUUUGACCGUUACGUGGCUAUCUGCCACCCACUGCGUCACGCUGCUGUGCUCAACAAUACAGUAACAGUCCAAAUUGGCAUGGUGGCUCUUGUCCGAGGAUCCCUAUUCUUUUUCCCACUUCCGCUGCUGAUCAAGCGACUGGCCUUCUGUCAUUCCAAUGUGCUCUCCCACUCCUAUUGUGUCCACCAGGAUGUGAUGAAGUUGGCCUAUACAGACACGUUGCCCAAUGUAGUCUACGGUCUAACUGCCAUUCUGCUAGUCAUGGGUGUAGAUGUCAUGUUCAUCUCCUUGUCGUAUUUCCUGAUUAUACGAACAGUUCUGCAACUGCCUUCCAAGUCUGAGCGAGCUAAGGCAUUUGGGACCUGUGUGUCACACAUUGGUGUGGUCCUGGCUUUCUAUGUACCACUCAUUGGCCUGUCCGUGGUGCACCGUUUUGGCAACAGCCUAGAUCCCAUUGUGCAUGUUCUCAUGGGGGAUGUCUACCUGCUGCUGCCUCCUGUGAUCAACCCUAUCAUUUAUGGUGCUAAGACCAAACAGAUCAGAACACGGGUGCUGGCUAUGUUCAAGAUCAGCUGUGACAAGGACAUUGAAGCUGGAGGAAACACGUGACACUUACCAUUCUAUCAAUCUUGUCCUACAUGGUUUAAUAUAGUAAUUUCAUCAUACGUGCUUAAUUCCAGUCACCCAAAAGCACACUAGUGCUUUUCUCUGAGUGGGUUAGAGAACUAAAGUAUGGUUUAUCUUCAUCAUGGAUAUAAUGUGAAAUAUCAAUGAAUAGUAUAUGUUUUAAAGAUUCUGCUAUAAAAUGAGACCCACUGAUAAUACUAAAUGAAACAACUAGGAUUUGUGAUUUAAACUAAUUAUUGAGUUUGUGAUUUGGAUGAAAUAUGUUCAAAUUACUAACAACCUUUUUAUUCUUACUUCCUUUGUUAUAAAUCUAUUGUUUAGCUGUAAUGUUUAACUUCUGAAAUAUGGAACAUGAAGCUGACAAGGGUUUUCCCACUCACUACCUAAGAACAUAUCCGAGCUCAAAAUAGUAAGGCUUAUGAAUGUGUCAUGUGUGCUUAACGUGUUCCAGAUCCUGUGAUAAGUGCUUUUCAGCCUUUCUCUGAUCUCAUUCUUUUCCCAGGGACGUUAUCACCUUUGCCUACCACAACAUGUGAUAGAAGCUUUAAUGAGAAAAAAAAAACUUUCUUGUAUGUGCUGUGCCAAGAUUUUAAAUUAAGUUUGAUAAUUGAAUACAUUUGCUUUACUACCAUGUUAUAUUGCUUCCUGUUUAACAUCUGCCAUCUAUUUCCUCGGCCUAUUACAACUCCUGUUUGCUCUCUGCUGUGUGUUAACAUGGAUGUCUUUGUGUUUGUGGUAAGUGAUUAACCCUGUCCUGGUGGAGGACAACAAACUGUUCUUCUUGACAGAGUAGCUGCUUCUUCUCAGAUGAACAGAGGAGGUUUAAAUUUUUUAGUCUCUUACAUAUCCUUGAAUAUGUCUUCUUUGUAUUGUGUCCUGUAGCUGUCAAAUCUCUUGAAUGUAUAAAAUAUGAUAUUGUCUGAGUCUUGACUUAUGUAUCAAACAACAUAAUCAUUUAUCUUGAAAUGUUCAGUAUUAUAUCUACUGUUUUUAUGUUCAUAAAGUAACACUGGGAGAUAUGAGCAACCCUACAGUCCUCUUUACCAACAGUGCAAUUAUGGAUUGCACAACUAUAAAGAUGUUGAAUGAACUUACGUCAUGUAGAAUAUUCCCUUCAUAUUGAGUAGAUGAUGAAAAGGUUCUUAGAUUAGGUUAUUAGUGAUACCUACAAAAUAAUAUUAAUAUAUUCAAUGUACACACAAUGCUUAAAAUGGUGAGAUUUAUAUAGUAUGUAUAUGUCACAAUAAAAAAAUCAUUUAAAAUA